UUGUUGCUUUCAAAGGAAGGGGCGCGACGGUGAAAGAUCGGGUGGAGCCACGACGGCAGGACAACCAAAACUCGAAAAAAGGCACAUAACAACAGGAAGGCGGGGGGAUUGUCCUCCACAGGACAAGAGCUCCAACGAGAGAGAACGAGAGGAAGAAAUCAUCGGUAGGAGAGCCAGCGUUAUCGCAAUGCCGACGUCGGUCAAGUGUCCACGCCCCACCACCGCCGCCGGCGAAGGCGGCUCCGCCUGCAACAUCAACAAGAAGCGGCGACGGAGACGGUGCUUCUCUGUGUCUCUCGAGCAGGCCGUGCCGGCCCCGCCGCCGUCGUCCGCGGCCUGCCGCGCCCACGCCGACCCUGGAACCUUGGCGGCAGCCGCCGGGCGGGUGGCGGCGCCAGCAUCGGUCACGACAACAAUGCUCCCGGCAAACGGCGACAGGGUUUCUGCCGCGUUCUGGGGGCGGCGUUCUUCUUCUUUCCGGUCGGCCGGGUGUCGGCGACCGCAGCACCAUCGCACCGCCGGAGCAGCGGCCGCGUUAGCAGCGGCGGUGGGCGUGCUGGGAAGAGCGGCGACGUCGUUUGCGGCGGUGAGCGUGCUGGCUGUGGCCGUGACCUCCGCGCCUGUGAGCGUCGGGGCGCUCGUGACGGAGAGCCAGUGCGAGGUGGCGACCCUUCGGGGGACGGAGGCCGAGCUGGGGGACUCGCCUAGGCUGGACACGUCGACGGAGGCUGCGGCCGCGGGGGUCGACCAGGCCAUCGUUGCCACGAAUGCGACGUACGAUAGGAUGGUGCUGGACCAGCUGCGGAUCACCUUCCUGGAGGAAGGCCGCGAUGUCAAGUUUCGAAACCUGUGGUCGGAUCAUGUCUGGAAAAACACGGCACGGAUGACCUUCCCGGGAGCCGACGUGCUGGUUCACUUGGAGGAGGGCUCUCCGCCGGAGUUCAUCUGCAUGAACGAGCAUUACGGCCUGUCCUUCGAGAAGGGAGAGGCGGGCGAAACCUACGCGGACGGCGAGCUCACCUCCGACAAGGUGCUGAACUGGAGCUUGCUAGGCGCCGACUACCUGGCCCUGGCGGGCGUAACCUCCUUCACCCCCACGGAAGCUUCAACGCUGCCGUCAACCACCUUCCUUGUGGCUGCACGCGAGCCGGUUGUGAGCGAGGAGCUCACCCCGGACUUUCAUUAUUUCCUAGCAGAACCCGCCGAAGACAUGGACCCGUCCGCCUGCCCAGAGCCCUGCUCCGAGCAAGUGGUGACGUACUACUGGUCCUCGACCGCGGGCACGGUGUACCAGCUGGACAUGGCGGACGUUGCCGCGGAGCCCCCUCCGUGCUGGCUGGACCUCUUCCAGGCCGUGGCGGACGGGCCCCCCGCGGAAGGGGUGGACCCUGCGGUGUGGGAGGCGACGCUAACCUGCACGGCGGGGCUCCUGCAGGCGGUGGAGGACUCCAUGGCGAGCGGCGGCGGCACGGCGGUGGCGGCCGGCCGCGCUGCCGUGCUGGUCCCGGCGCUGCUGGUGAGCUUCGUGUUGCUGGCCUUUGGGUUCUUCCGGCACCAGAAGGGCAGGUGGCUCAGGAAGAUAAGGGCCACCGACGAGGCCUGGGGGGAAGGGCUGGACGGCAACGGCAAGGGGAAGGCCCCCCGCCCGCCCACGGGCAAGUUUAAGCUAGGGAUCGACGGCGGUGUAGCGGUGGCGGCUUCGCGCGCGCCUGCGGCCGUGGCGGCGGGCGCGGAUAGGCUCAAGGCGUCCCACGCCCCCCAGCGGGUGUUGACGGACGUGAGCAUCGAUGAGGGAGAGGCACCGACGGGGGGGAUGGCGGUGACGGCGGGGAGGAAGCAGCAGCAGGUGGUUGGCGUAGUGGUGGUGGACGAAGAGCUAGGGGGGAACGAAGGGGGGGAGGACAUGGUCUAUCCCAUGUGAUUUGUGGUCGUGAGAUCUCUCUUUAACAGCAGUUUUAUUGUUGGUUUGUCGUUUUUGGUACCCCGUACAGUACUCCUUGUGCAGAGCGAACGGAUGGAUUUUCCCUGUUGGUGUGGUAUGUGUUGCCAGGUUUUUCAGACUGGCAGGCGGGGCAAGGAAGGAUAAGGAUAUGGGACAUACGAAAACAGCACUUGCGGUUUUCGCGUUUGGGAGCAACCAGCAGCAGCAAUGCCUACGUGUUUACAUGUGUUCCCAAAUACAGUUCGGAUCACCAGCAGCAGUAAUUCCUACGGUGUGUACCUUUGCUUGCAACGUUGCGACGUCGUCAAACUUCCCGCACCUUCCCAAAUUCCAUGCGCCACGUUAUCCUGGUUCGAAAACCAGUACAUGACAUGUUGUUCACUCCUUUUGCUGUUCGAUUACUUCCAGCACCUUUCUAUCCGAAAUAAAAUGAGCUACGUUACCCUGGUUCGAACCCCCUACAUGUUGUUUGACUCUGUUCUUCUAUGUAGGAGCAUAGUAAUUGUGCGGACGUGGGGAGGGGUGGGACGAGCUUGGAAAGUUACUGGCUUGGGGCGGGGGGGGGGGGGGGGGNGGGGGGGGGGGGGGGGGGGGGGGGGGGGGGGGGGGGGGGGGGGGGGGGGGGGGGGGGGGGGGGCACCGCUCCGUCGUGUUGUGGAAGGGCCAAGUUUGUGGCCGACGAGUUUGACGAGUGUCUGGCUGCCUCGAAAGAGAGAGGCAUGCCGGGUGGGGGUGAAAUCCACUCUUUUUAAUUUCUUGGUGUGUGGUAUUGUUGUUCUCAAACCCAUGGAAACAAGCACCCGCAACGGGUGCUCAGUAUUUUAGCGUUGAAAUGUACGGUUGUGACAAGGCAAGCGCCGGCUGUCUUCGGAUUCGACGGACAUGUUCGUCCAUGUUACGCAUGUCGCAUAGUGAGACAUUAUGAGGUGGUAUUUUUCUCUUCCUUGUAGCAUACGAAGUAUAUAAUGUUGCUCAGUCCUUUCUCAGUGUGUGUUUUCAUGCACAUUGCGGUUUACACGUGCGUGCUUCCAUUCUGCCUUGUAUUGUUUUGUAUUUCAAGGGUGGAGGCGUUUUGUUUUUCCUUCUUGUAUUUGCCAGGCGUCACACAAUGGAUGGCAACCAUACAGUACUCAUCCACUUUCCAGGGUCCUGGAUUUUGUCAUCGUAGUACUGUCGAAUAUCAUGGUUAUUGUUGGAUGUGUCCUGUCUCGUCUUGCGAACAAUGUACACCAGUUGGCGUCACGACCGGCCGGCGCCUGAAUUCAGGUUUAGUCGUUUGUCAUGACGCGCCGUUCCUCCUCCUCGAGGAACUGCUUCCUUGUCGUCCUCCCUUGUGGGUUGUUCCAUGUCGGGUGGUCUCGUCGUGGGUCGUUUCCGCAGAUAACUUUGACUCUCUCAUCGUUGUCUGUUGUUGAAACAAAACUGUUACCUGUCACCUUGUUGCGGCGACAAAGAGGUUUUGUCGCGUCAAGUGCACGAGAAUGUUUCUCGUCGUCCUUACAGAGUUGUGUCGCUCGGGUGCUGUGUGAUUCACGUUUCUAAGAACGUGUCGAGGGUCGUGCCGUUUGUGAACUCGAGGUGUGGAUACAUGGGGAUUUGGGGGCGGAAGCAGAGUCUGUUGGGGCCUAAAAGUUGGGUUUGAUACCACGUUUUUCCAUGUCACACACAUGUGUGGAGCUCCUUGUAUCCUGUGCGUAUGGGAAGCCCUUCCUGUCGAAGCUUAGCCUCUCGCCCUACGCGAACGUAGCUAAAUUGUCACACACGUGUUGUUUCGAGUCUUGUGUAUCCUAUGCAUUGAAUUGCUCUUCCUGGCUUAGCCGAGCCUGUCCUAGUCUAGCGUAACCUCCGUAACCACAGGUGACCUCGUGAAUCGCUAUAUAAUUGAUGGGAAU